UCAACAAGAAACGCCAGAUGAAAAUUAUAUAACACAGUAGAAAUCGACUACCAAACAUUUGUUUUAGUUUAUUCAAGAAAUUCUCGACUUUCAAAAUACAAACCAGCUCAUUGAAGAAAUUAUCUCGAUCCGGAAUCUUUAUGAAUGACUCAGAAGUUGUUGUUGUAAUGUGAAUUGUUAUCUACAUCACCCGACAUUUCUGAUAACAAAUUCUUUUCGUGUGAUCUGAAAAUGUGAACAAUACAAUUAUUUUGACGCAGGCCAGACGUUAAAUAAGUGUCGUUUUCAAUCCAAAGCGAUAUUGGAGAUAUCCUUUUUAUAAUUGCCGCUAGUGGCGCUAGUAGUCCAUGCCCGCUCUCUCUUUAAGCCCAUCUUGUUUCUUCUUUCACCGAGCGAAUGGUGCAACGAAUCGGGGAUGGGAAAAACCAGAAUAUCGAUGCCUCCACGCCAAGAACUACGUACGUAACGUUCUCCAACAACAACUCUAGUAGCUGUCUGCUCAAUGCUCAUUCCAUGCUAACCUCCUCACGCCCUUAUAUAACCACCCCUUUUGUCUGCUGCCCACUACACACACCGACGCCAACUUCAAUGAAUGGGCGAGAUCGGGAGGCCCACCCAACAAACCACCCACUACUCUCUACACACAGACGUCUGAGUCGUUGGUUCGUUCGUGAGUCGCAGAAAAUUUGUGACCUUGGUUAUUCCCUUACUCCCUUUUUCAGCACGCAUACUCACGAUAGAUGAGGAGGUUCACAAGCGAGUGACUUUUUAGCUUCUCUCUCUCUCUCUCUCUCUUUUUCGGCGCUGCUGCUGCAAUUGUGUGACGCAAUCUGAAAAAUUGUUCCACGUAUAAUUCACGGAGAACCUACAUCUACGCCACCCACUCGAUUUUCUCGCUGCUAUUCGGCAUAGAUUUUGGUGAUCGAAAAACAAUCGUCGUGAGUGUUGUUUCUCCCGAUGUGUGUAUGUGCACACUUGCACUUUUGAAUGGCUUCUUUUUCCGGACUGAUUGACGGCCGGAUUUUAUUUUCGUAUUGGUGUUGUGCUGCACGUUAAAGUGCUGUGCCAGUUCCGGAAGCCUAACACGGUCACUGCGUCGUGCAAAGACGCACAUUUUUAACAGAUUGUGUUUCUUGUGUUUGGCAAACACAUACAUAUGCCCAGUUUUUCCUUGUAGGCAGCACAAGUGUUUUUCAGUUGGUGCAGCUAUUCGUGCCCUUCUAGUCUACUCGUCUGGUCUGCAAUUUGUGCUCCAGUGACAGCAGCUUUGGAUUUAUAUUAUCACAACUUGAAAACAUGUGCAGCAUUUCUUCGGCAUCUUUGGAUUUAUAUUGCUGAGAAUGAUGUUGCCCCACGAUGUUACAGAUCAUGCAGAAGCCAUGAGACCUGAUUCCACUGAGCCUUAUAGGCCAGGAGGGAUUCUGCUCUUUGGCUAUCUACGAAAGCUCAAGCGUAUGAAGAAAAAAUUCUUCAUCUUAACAGCUGACAGUGAAAGCAAUCCUGCCCGUUUGGAAUAUUUUGAUUCAGAGAAGAAAUACAAGAAUGGUCAGACAGCGAAAAGGUCAAUUGUCAUCAAGUCAUGCUUCAGUAUAAACAGAAAGACCGACUGCAAGCACAAGUUUGUUGUGGCAGUCUACACCAAUGAAGAUUGCUUCCCAAUUGCCUUUGAGUCUGAGGAAGAACUAAUUAAGUGGUUCAUCCCCCUACUGGAAAUUCAUCUGGCUGACAAAAUUUCAGAAGGGGAAGAGCUCAAACCUAUUUACGAGCAUGUGUGGCAGGUGACGGUGCAGCGGAAGGAUUUGGGCAGCCGGAAAAACAUUUUGGGUCCUUAUCGCCUGUGCUUGAACACCACCACCAGGGUUUUGACUCUCUUCAAGAUGCCACUAUGUCUUCCGCUGGAAUUAUGGGAGUUUCCAGUCAUGACUAUCCGUCGUUGCGGCCAGACCAAUCAUCAGUUUUUCAUGGAAAUGGGCCGCGGAGCGAUAACGGGUGCAGGUGAACUUAUUAUGGAACUCGAAGAAGCAGCGGUCGCUCAAAAUGUGCACGGAGCCGUCCUCGAGGCCAUGAAGAAUUCGGCCAAAGAUGAUCUCGGACCGAGGCCAAGGACGAGAUCGUCUUCGGCCAACGAGCAAAAUCGGCCAUCUUUGCAGCCCAGCUGGAAUCCUCCAGCUCCAUCCGUCGUUCCAGUUUCGACAACUGCAGGGCUGGUCCGGAAUCGAGCCGACAGCGUGCCUUCCAGGUCGAGAACGACCAGUGAAAACGCUGCUGUCACUCCGACGCACGACAGCCGCCCAUCUUCUGUUCUCUACGCCCACGAGGGAUCUUCAACGUCGCCUCCGAUGGCCGUCAAGUCAAUACCCAAUUCGUUUUCCAUGGACGAUAUGGAGGCUCCUCUGCAUCCGGUCAACAAUUACAUCCGUAGCCGCCUCAGUCACACGGCCACACCGGAGAACAGUUUGCCCAAGGAGUCGACGAUCCUGGAAGAGGACAGGAAUGACGCAUAUUUAAUGAUGUCACACGUUGAUCAGCCUCCAUCGACCUCAGAUUACUUGUCCAUGACGCCUAGAGGUCCUCUAUCUUCUUCGCCAAGUGCUCCAUCCGUAUCUACAAUGGGGCCCACGCGAGCCCUUUCUCUUUCCAAUACUUCAGUUCAAGGCGGAUGCAAGAACAGGGUUACGCCCGCGCCGUCGGGCCCGCCGCCCAUCAAACCGCCGCUUCACCCUCAGAAUCCUUACAUGGAUAUGUCGAGCCCGGUGACGACAUCAUCUUGGGCGUCGCCUCCACCAAGUGCUCAAGAUGGUUACCUCCCCAUGUAUCCAUCCGGAAGUGCUCCCGGAUCAGUGGGAACGCGCUCUGGAACUCACACCCGAUCCAGCAGUUUCUGUGAUGAACCGCCGGAAAGCUACGUGCCCAUGGCACCGCAAAGUGUGGCCAGCUCUGUGACGUCACGAGACGAAGAAGGUGGCUCUUAUAUGGACAUGCAAUGUCGACGAAGUGUUCCAAGAGAAGCACACCAUCUUCGUGGUCGGCUCAGUCCUGCUAGCGGUAGUUCGCUGGCCAGCUCUUUUACUUCAGGGACACCACCGGUCGGUCGGUUCCAGGAAUACCACCUGGAGAAGGUGUCGUCGUUUUUGACCCCGUCGGAGGACGACGACUCUCUGUCGUCGUUGAGUUGCAGACAAUCUCGAGCCUAUUCAGUUGGUUCCAGACCAGAAAUCAGAGCUCGGAAAAUGGCAGCCGUCAAUCACGAGCAAGCGCCCACUGUUGCCCCCGCUGUUCCACCACCAACGUCCACCGGUUACACGACCACUGCCCAUACAGCUAUAGCCAAUCAGGACGCAAGGGUAAGGGCCUACUCGGUGGGAAGUCGAGUGACGCCUGGAAAUAGCAAAUUAUCCGCUUCCAGCAAUGGAUCGUCGUCAUCAGUCAGCUCGUCCCGCCAUGAACUAGAACCGGCGGCUAAUCCUAAUCACCAGAGUCCGACUCAUGGCCAUCAGCAGCAGCCGGACGAGAGUCAACGGAAAAAGUCAUUGAGCGUACCCUAUUUAGGCACUUCAACGCCAGCUGGAUCUGUAGCCAACAUCCCUUACGCCGGAUCGAAUCCAACUGGAACGUUCUUCCGCACGCUGUUGAGUCAACAGGCAACGGCCGUUCGUCGCGAAAAUGAUCUGAUGGAAAUAGAAUUCGCCCGGGCUUUGAAUGGCCUAAAUGUUAGCUCAGACAGUUUCCUAGGAAUCGACCAGGUCGAUUGCGCCGCCUCCUCUUCCUAUACCGGACAAUUCGGAUCGACCGAUAGUGUGGGCCGCUCUUCUGUCGCCUCUACGAAUUCCAGCACAGCCGGGGCUGGCGGGCGGCCACGAUCGGCUUCUAAUCAGUCUCGCCCGUCUUUCGGUUCUAAUCGGAGUAUUGUCAGCGGGAAACCGAAAUUAGAUUCCUUCCGAUCUAGGGAAGGUAGGCUGCGACUGGAACGGCUGGAAAGUGUUCCGCAAGGCCGCGAUCAGGAUUACAUUGAGUACGGAGAGAGUCGGCAACAUCUCAGAGGAGUUGAAUCACCGGAUGUCAGUGGUCCAAAAAUCGUCAACAAGGCAGAACAUGAUCAAGACAGCGCUGACGAAUACGUCGAACUGGCACACCCCAACAGCCGAUUGAGUAACGUGCGAUUGUCGGUUUCUGAAUCAGAGCAAGUUGGCAGAGUCGUCUCUCCCGGAAGUGAUUACAUGUCCAUGGACGGAUCUAAGAACAAAAUGGUCGCUUCCAUGAGCACCGUCCUCUGUCAGCUCGGCCAAGAUCCUUCCGCCAGCUACAUCGACAUGAACUACAACAGUAAAAGAACUCCAUCAUAUCCGGGUUCCGUGUCUGAUGAUUUUACCUACUUACCCAUGGAUUACACGCCCAGAUCUUCCAGGAACCCAUCAAGGCAAUCUUCUCAGACUGAUUUGAUUUUAGCACUUGGAACAGUGUCGCCAUCUAUGAGAGGCUCGCAAACUCCUCGCUCGGAGUCUGCCCGGCAUUCGCGGACCGAAGAAAGCUUGCAAGAACAAAAUUACAUGGAAAUGACGUUCGAAAAUCCUUCAGAUCCGGCACUUCGUGUCGACAAGUCUGUCCGUUCUCGCAUUCCCAGCCCAUACGAUGGAUCGCAGACGGACACUGAAACUCCAUCCGCCGUGUCUGCCAAAGGCAGCAGCAAAAAGUCGGCCUUCCUGUCCAAUUUGUUUGGACGCAAGUCCUUCAGCGCUGGCAAAUCGGCAACGUCUCCUACCGCUGCGACACCAGCGGACAGUGGGACGUUGCCUAGGUCGUCCAGAAGUAUGCCACCAAGUCCUUUUUCAUCGCUGAAACGGCCUAGCAAGUCGAGCAAGACACGACGCACCACAACAGCGGGGCCGAUUGCUCAAUCACUUUCACCCGUUUCGCCGGAUGUCGAUUUGUCUUCGGCCUUGUUGUUUCAUCAGCGCAGUCAGAGUAUGCGGUCACACUCGAUUGGCCACUCGCGUAGCAGCUUGCAUAGUCCCUUGACUCCGCCCAGUCCCUCUGCGGAUUUUUCGAUGAUCCAUCCGCAGUUUUCGCCGCCAUCGCCGUCCGUGGUUAUUGCGCCCAAGCCGGGCAGUUCGCAGCCAAUCAGCAUCUCUCUUCAAAGGCAGACCUACACUCCGCGGGGCUCUCCUCACACUGGAAUUCCAGCCUUGAAUUUGAGCCGGAUGGUCGCUGAUCCAGAUGAAUAUGUUCUCCAUCAUACGCGAUAUUCUGCCAGUCCUAGCCGCCUCAUGCCUAUGCCCACUCUGUCACCUCUGCCGGAGGUUUUGCUCAACACGGCAACGCUCUCCAAGGCUGAGAAAGCGGGCAACCGGAAUUCAACCGCAGGAAAAAUCAACGAGGGUUACAUGAACAUGGAUUUCGGGGCCAACAAGUCGUCGGCAACGAGCAUCCAGCCCCCAAAGUUCAUCUUUGAAGAGUUACCCGGCUCUGGUGAGGUUACACCGACGAUGCCUAGCACUCCAUCAAGAGCCGAGACUAGCCUGCCUGUUCGAAUACCUUUGAAAGCCAACGAAGAUAAAGAGAAUUCUGUCAGCUCACAGCAGCCUAACUUCGUAGUCGAUAGUGAUACAUUAGUUUCGUCAACUGGCAAUGGAACGUCAACCGCAGCUACACCUACCAACUCCAUUCCAAGCAAGCAGAGAGCUAAUAGUUUGGAGAAGAUCGUUUGCGCUUUGGAAAAGGCUAUUAUUGGACCAAAGCGACACAGUAGUGGUGACAAACCCAAACGAUCGGGGAGUACAGCAGUAGCAAUUCAGAGGUCAAACAGUUAUCAGCCGUCGUCUGCUGGUCGCGUUAUUUAUGCAGGCAGCAAGCCAGCGUCACUUUUUCCAUUAUUGACGGACAUCCCGGCUGGAAAGGUGAUGUCGAUUUCGACUAAAGACAGCCAAAAUGGCAAGAAUCCGAAAUCUUUGCCUGGCCAACAGGCGACCAACGCAAACAGCCGGACGUCUUCCUCUUCGUUGGUCAGUUUGGGCGAAGACUCGAUAGCUGGAGAACUCCAAGCUGUCAAUUGGAACUCGAGUUCGUCGACAUUCAUACCGUUGACUGUCGGACAGAGUCCCACUACCCUGCCAUCCAAAUCGCCCUCCCCGUCGCUUCUCUCUCGGCCAACUUCAGUGCAAAGUGAAAGAGCUAUUCAUUAUGCUCAAUUGGAUCUGACACCAUCGACCGGCCAGCGAUCGACGCCAAAAGAUGAUUUCCUCGAUGAAGUUCCCAAAAGUCCGCGCAUUCCAAGACCGACUUCAGCUUCCGCGGUCUUUGGCGCUGACAUUACUACCGCUUACGCUCAAAUUGAUUUUAAAAAGAGCGAAGGAAUCAAGACAAGUAAUCCGUGAAAUGAAAUCGUAGCAUAUAAUUGAUACCAGAGACAUCGAAACGUCCGUUUGAAGUUUUAUCCCAAAUUGUCCUAGUUGUCAAAAGAGGGCAGACUCAAAACCAGCCUCGGCCGUCAUCAACCGACCAUAAUUUGUUUUCGUUACUUUUUUUUAAUUCUUCGGCUUUUUUCGCCCUUGGUUUCUCGUCGUUUGUUUCGUUCAUUUGUUAUCAGAUUAUUAUUUUUUUUUUUUCAAAAGACUCACACAAACCCAGAUGUAGCCCAAUCUUCCAGUAAUCGACUAGUCCUCGAUUUUGUGCAUCCAGUAACUACUUUUCUGUAGCUUGUUUUUUAACCCGAGAUACGUACGUAUGCAUAGGGUAAUGGCUAACCAAAAUGCUUUUUAUACAGUGUACCUAUAGCUAAUGUAGAAUUGUGGUGUACAUGUCCGAAGGUCCGUCUUCUUCUCUUAUGUUAUAUUUUUUUCUAUCGGGGGAAAUAGUAGAUUUUAAUUUUUUUUCGCGUGAAGUGUUUGUGUGUGUUUUUUUUUUGUACAUGGCAAAAUGGACAGUGAUUUUCAACGAGAUCCAGUCCUUCAUAUUUUAAUACAACAAUUGUGCAUUUUU